AUGUGGCUCAUGGACCCAGCAUGGCUAGAGAGUGUCGCAUUCAGCCUUGAACAGUUUCCGCCCGAAUCUCACAUCAACUUCCCUGAUCUGCCGUCAGACGGCCUCACGUUGGAGACCAGCACAGACUUAACCCAGUGCGACUUUCCUGUACUUGAAAUGGCAUCUUCUAUCAGCGAAGAAGGCCCAUCCCUCCGCAGUGGAGCGAUCCCGUCUUUUGAUGGCCUGGUCACGUCCCAAUCACGGAGGCAAACCUCGACAACACACAAUAGCCGGGCAAGGAACCCCCGUGUCAAUCAAAAAGACAACGCCUUAGCCCCGUCAGGGUCACCUGGUCAAAUAAGUGACAGACCAGAUCAUCCUUCAGGUUUGGUCAGGAGUACUUCACCUUCUUCACAAGACUCCGACGGGGGCCGCCUUCAGGAAAAGCGGCACCGCAACAAGAUUGCAGCUCGAAAGUUGCGACAGAAGAGGGUAGAUCAAAUAUUGGAUCUCGAAUCAAGGCUGGAGAAAAUGCAAAAGGAAAGGGACGAGUUGCGAGUCAAAGUUGCCAAGUGGGAGGGGGAAGUCACGAUAUUGAGAGAUCUUCUUGGCAGGCGGACAGGAGAGGGACUUGGGACUUACUAA